GCCUCCACAGAUUAAAGAGGAAGAGGAGGAACUCUGCACCAGUCAGGAGGGAGAGCAGCUUGUAAUGAAGCAGGAGACUGAUACCUUUAUGUUGACUCCUACUAAUGAGGAAAGUGACCUCCAGCUCCUCUCUCACAACUCUCCUGUAGCUGAGAGCCAAGAUCAGGAAGGAAGUAAGCAUGUAGACCCAGAAUCAACUAGAAAUGGAGAGACGCAACCAAAGAAGAGACAUCACAAAAACACAAGUCACAGUGACAACAUAUACAACUCCCCCACAACAAAGAGUCACUGUAACACUCAGACAGGUGAAAAGUCUAUAAAAUGUGACACUUGUGGAAAGGAUUUUAAGUAUAAAUCCAAAUUGAAAAUACAUCAGAGACGCCACACACGUGAGAGGCCAUAUUGCUGUAGCACUUGUGGGAAAAAAUUCACUCAGACAUCAUCAUUGAAAAAUCAUUUAAGAAUCCACACCGAUGAGAAGCCAUAUUCCUGUAGCACCUGUGGGAAAAAGUUCAGGUGGCCAUCAAUAUUGAAAAAUCACUUAAGAAUUCACACAGGUGAGAAACCAUAUUUUUGUGAAACAUGUGCGAAACGUUUCACUUUUCGUGCAGACUUGUUGGUCCACAUCAGAACCCACACAGGUGAGAAGCCGUACACCUGCAACACCUGUGGGAAAAAUUUUCGUCAUAGGUCAGUUUUGAGUAAGCAUACAAAAACACACACAGGUGAGAAGCCUUAUUCUUGUGAAACAUGUGGGAAAGAUUUCAAAACGUCUUAUGAAUCCUUCAUCCACAUGAGAAUCCACACAGGUGAGAAGCCGUACACCUGCAACAUCUGUGGGAAAAAUUUUCGUCAUAGGUCAGUUCUGAGUGAGCAUACAAAAACACACACAGGUGAGAAGCCUUAUUCUUGUGAAACAUGUGGGAAAGAUUUCAAAACUUCUUAUGAAUCCUCCAUCCACAUGAGAACCCACACAGGUGACAUACAAACACAAGUUAUGUCUGUCUUGAAGAUCCUGCCUUAUUUAGAUGACCGGCUGAUCUGUGCCCAAGUCGCGGUCAGGUUGUCCAAGACACAAGAGGGUUAUGGAAAUUUAGACUUUGUUGGAUCAGUUUUGUCUGGAGGGGUUUCUGGCAAGAGCCAUGGGCAAGCUCACCUGGAUACUCUUAUAGACGGCAAGCCAAGCGUCUUGAAGUUAGUCACAUGA